GUGCCGCCGCCGCCUUCACUCUGCUGCGUCCGCCGCUCCCCCCGGCCGCAGCGGCAGCGGCGCGAGCCGGAGCGCGAGACCCCGGGCGAGCUCGCGCCCCCCACCCUGCCGCCGCCGCCGCUGUGCCGCCGCCGCCGCCGCCGCCUGCCCCUCGAGCCUCCCGCCGCUGGGAUCCCCCGCCUCGUUACCACGCCGGCUCUUUGCAGCCUUACGAACCAAAUCAAGAAACUAUGUUCCAACUUCCUGUCAACAACCUUGGCAGUUUAAGAAAAGCCCGGAAAACUGUGAAAAAAAUACUUAGUGACAUUGGUUUGGAAUACUGUAAAGAACAUAUAGAAGAUUUUAAACAGUUUGAACCUAAUGACUUUUAUUUGAAAAACACUACAUGGGAGGAUGUAGGAUUAUGGGACCCUUCACUUACAAAAAACCAGGACUAUCGGACAAAACCCUUUUGCUGUAGUGCUUGUCCAUUUUCCUCAAAAUUCUUUUCGGCCUACAAAAGUCACUUCCGGAAUGUUCAUAGUGAAGACUUUGAAAAUAGGAUUCUCCUUAAUUGUCCCUACUGUACUUUCAAUGCGGACAAAAAGACUUUGGAAACGCACAUUAAAAUAUUUCAUGCUCCAAAUGCCAGUGCACCAAGUGGCAGCAUCAGCACUUUUAAAGAUAAAAACAAACAUGAUAGCCUUAAACCUAAGCAGGCUGACAGUGUAGAGCAAGCUGUUUAUUACUGUAAGAAGUGCACUUACCGAGACCCUCUGUAUGAAGUAGUUAGAAAGCACAUUUACAGGGAACAUUUUCAGCAUGUUGCAGCACCUUACAUAGCAAAGGCAGGUGAAAAGUCACUUAAUGGUGCAGUCCCAUUAAGUUCAAAUACCCGAGAAGAGGGAAGUAUUCACUGCAAGCGAUGCCUUUUUAUGCCGAAAUCCUAUGAAGCUUUAGUACAACAUGUUAUUGAAGAUCAUGAACGUAUAGGCUAUCAGGUGACAGCAAUGAUAGGGCAUACCAAUGUAGUGGUUCCAAGAUCUAAACCAUUGAUGCUAAUUGCUCCAAAACCACAGGAGAAAAAGCCUAUGGGACUCCCACAAAGAGUUGGUUCCCUCGCCUCUGGAAAUGUCCGAUCUCUUCCGUCACAGCAGAUAGUGAAUCGACUCACUAUACCAAAGCCUAAUUUAAAUUCUACAGGAGUCAAUAUGAUGUCUAAUGUCCAUCUCCAACAGAAUAAUUAUGGAGUCAAAUCAGUAGCCCAGAGUUAUGGGGUUGGUCAGUCAGUGAGACUAGGUUUAAGUGGUAAUGCACCCGUUUCCAUUCCUCAGCAGUCUCAGUCAAUGAAACAAUUACUGCCGAGUGGGAAUGGGAGAUCUUACAGUCUUGGCUCAGAGCAGAGGUCACAGGCACCAGCAAGAUACUCGCUUCAGUCUGCCAAUUCAUCUUCUCUUUCAUCAAGCCAGUUGAAGUCAUCCUCUCUCUCUCAGUCGCAGUCAGCCUCUAGAGUAUUAGGUCAGUCUGGUUCAAAACCUGCUGCUGCUGCUGCUGCUGCUACAGGCCCCUCUGCAUCAACCAAUACUUCAUCAACACAAAAGUGGAAAAUUUGUACAAUUUGUAACGAGCUAUUCCCUGAAAACGUCUACAGUGUUCACUUUGAAAAGGAGCAUAAGGCAGAGAAGGUGCCUGCAGUUGCUAACUACAUAAUGAAAAUACACAAUUUCACUAGUAAAUGUCUAUAUUGUAAUCGGUAUUUGCCCACUGAUACUUUGCUUAACCACAUGUUAAUCCAUGGUCUCUCUUGUCCAUAUUGCCGUUCAACUUUUAAUGAUGUUGAAAAGAUGGCUGCUCAUAUGCGAAUGGUUCAUGUUGAUGAAGAAAUGGGACCCAAAACUGAUUCCACUUUAAGCUUUGAUUUGACAUUGCAACAGGGUAGUCACACUAACAUACAUCUACUUGUAACCACGUACAACCUGAGAGAUGCCCCAGCUGAAUCUGUAGCUUAUCAUGCCCAGAAUAAUCCCCCAGUCCCCCCAAAGCCACAGCCAAAAGUUCAGGAAAAGGCAGAUGUCCCUAUAAAAAGCUCACCUCAGGCUGCAGUACCCUAUAAAAAAGAUGUAGGUAAAACACUUUGUCCUCUAUGCUUUUCGAUCCUGAAAGGACCCAUCUCUGAUGCACUUGCACAUCAUUUACGGGAGAGGCACCAGGUCAUUCAAACGGUUCAUCCAGUUGAGAAAAAGCUCACCUACAAAUGCAUCCAUUGUCUUGGUGUAUACACUAGUAACAUGACAGCCUCAACAAUCACACUGCAUCUGGUUCACUGCAGAGGUGUUGGAAAGACCCAAAAUGGCCAAGAUAAAACAAAUGCUCCCUCUCGACUCAAUCAAUCUCCAGGGCUGGCACCCGUGAAGCGUACUUAUGAGAACAUAGAAUUUAAUUUGCUGAAAAAGAGGAAGCUAGAUGAUGAGGUAGAUACACCCUCCAUCUUUGAAGAGAAACCUGAAGAGCCGGUUGUCUUAGCUUUAGACCCCAAGGGUCAUGAAGAUGAUUCUUAUGAAGCAAGAAAAACAUUUCUUACAAAGUAUUUCAACAAACAGCCCUAUCCCACUAGAAGAGAAAUUGAAAAAUUGGCUGCUAGUUUAUGGUUAUGGAAGAGUGACAUUGCUUCUCAUUUCAGUAAUAAAAGGAAGAAAUGUGUCAGAGAUUGUGAAAAGUACAAACCUGGUGUGUUGCUAGGUUUUAACAUGAAAGAACUAAACAAAGUUAAACAUGAGAUGGAUUUUGAUGCUGAGUGGCUGUUUGAAAAUCAUGAUGAAAAGAAUUCUAGAGUCAAUGCUAGUAAAACUGUUGACAAAAAGUUAAACCUUGGGAAAGAAGAUGACAGUUCCUCAGAUGGUUUUGAAAAUUUAGAAGAAGAAUCCAAUGGAAGUGGUAGUCCUUUUGAUGCAAGUUUUGAUGUUGAACAUAAAAUUCCUAAUGAUAGCAUAGUGGAGAACCCAGAAGAAAGUAUUGCCAAAAUAACUACUGGGGACACUUUAGAAUCUGAAGAUAAAAUAGACCAAAAAGAUGAAGAAGAUUCAAAAUAUGGAGAUAUACAUUCUGCAGAGGAACCAACAAAACUAAUACAUGAUGCCUCUGAUAGUGAUGUUGAUCAAGAUGACCCUGUUGAGUGGAAAGAUGGCACUUCUCCAUGUGAAAGUGGUCCUGGUUCUCAACAGGUUUCUGACUUUGAAGACAAUACAUGUGAAAUGAAACCUGGAGCAUGGACUGAUGAAUCAUCCCAGAGUGAAGAUGCUGGAAGCAGUAAACCAGUUGCCGAAACAAAAGGUGCAUCAGAAAGUGAUGAAGAGCAAUUGAAAUGGAAGAAUAGUUCCUAUGGAAAAGUAGAAGAAUUUUGGUCUAAGGACCAGUCACAGUGGAAAAAUGCAUCUGAAAAUGAGGAAAGUUUGUCCAACCCACAGAUGGAGUGGCAAAAUAGCACAAUUGACAGUGAGGAUGGAGAGCAAUUUGAUAAUAUGACUGAUAGUGUUGCAGAACCAAUACAUAGCAGCUUAACUGGUGUAGAGCUGAGUAGCCAACAAGCAUAAACUGCCCUGUUUCCUACAUAUUGGUGGUAGGCUGUAUUCUGUAACUGUUGGAUCUUUGCAUUUCAGUAUGACUGCUAAGCUUAAUUCAACUGGUACUGCCUUUUGAGUGCUAGGUCAACUGACUUCAGUGGUUGAUAUGUGGCCACUCCUAUUCCAGUGGUUAUUUCUGAGUAUACUGUUGGCUAAUCUUGCUUUAGAAUCUGCUGUGGCAAGCACAGUAAAUUAAUGUGAAAAACCAAUAUGCUGGUGGCUCCGGAAUGCACAUGAGGAAAAGCAGAGAUUUAUUUUAUCUGCAUUCUCAACAUUUAUUUCACUCUGUAUAUGUUCAGUUGUAUGUCCUUUUAAAACCAUUACCUUUAUUCACAUGGUAGUAUAGGUCCAACAUAUGAGCUACCAGUUCAAUGUGUAUAGUAGACUCUGGGGAAAAUUGAUUUUUUUUUUCAUUUAUUCAUUCUGAAUAGUUAAAAUAUGUAUAUUUGUACAGUCUUUUAGACCUAUUCAAGUGACGCUUAUGAUAUUGUUCUUGUGUACCCAUCAUAGAUUUGUUUCUCUUUUUUAGUGUUGCCCUGCUGUGUAAUAAACGCUGUAUCUAGUUUAUCUAGCAAAAGCUUGAACCUGCUAUAGUAUGAACUUUUGACAGACUUAGUUUUUGCACAUAACCUUGUACAAUCUCAAACAAGAGGCCAGCAACAUUAAAAAAAAUAUAUCUGGACUCUAUUGUAUUAUAGAAUUUUCUUGUUCUGAAUAUCCUCAAAAUUACAGCCAACAAACUGGUAUUUCAGAUCCAUUUUCUGAAAUCUUUUAAGCUAAAAUCACAUGCAAGAAACAAGUUUGCAGCUAAUUUUGACACCUUUUAGAACUGUAUAAAAGUGUAUUGUGUUGAGGCAGCAAACAAACUUGACUGCUGCAUUUUGGAUAUUUAGUUUUAUCUUUAGUUACACACCAACAUGGUGUAUUCAUUUAUACCAUCUAAUAUAUGACACACUGUUGUAGUAUGUAUAAUUUUGUGAUCUUUAUUUCCCUUUGUAUUCAUUUUAAGCAUCUAAAUAAAUUGCUGUAUUGUGCUUAAUGUAAACAUUGGCUUUAUUACAAAUAACAGUGCUUUGUACAUUUGUACUUUGUGACAUUGGAGUCCACAGAGCCAAAUUACCAUGGGCAUGUGUAACUAUCAGCGCCUUGUAGAAAAUCAAGGGCUGCCAUUUUUGGAAGAUGAUAUUGAUAAUCUUUCAGAUUUACAGAUUCCUAUUACAAAUCCUUCUAUUACUCUUUUAUUGCUAUGAUGAAAAUCCUUGGGUUUUUAAGUUCAUCUUUUGUCAAGCAGUAAGGCUACCUUUGUGUAAAUGUCCCUAAUAAAAAAGGGUAUGAGCACAAGUUGGGAAUAACUCAACUUGUAGACGGAAUCUUAGUUCAGUGGUGUUCUGUCUUCCCUCAGGUGUAUGCUUCCUUUCAAUACAAAGAAGGAGCGGAGCGGUGUUAUUAAGUGAAUUUCAUAACUUUGGGAUAGCUAGAAUUACAGUUUUGUUUUGAAGCAGCAAGGAGUAGUGGAAAGACAUGCCAAGUUACAGUUUCAGCUCUGUAACUGACUUGUGAUCUGAAUUCAAGUCAUCUUACCUCCCUGGGCAGCAGUGUCCUCUCUCUAAAAUAAAGGAGAACCUAAAUGUUGUUUCCAACUGCAAUUUCCAUGAUUUUAUAGUUUUUUAUUUGGUCAAUGUCCCCCCCAAAAUGCAUCUCAAUCUAAAAGUAGAUAUUUUAUCUAUUAAAGUUUAGGGAGAAAUAGUGUUUAAAGGAUCCGUAAUUGUCAGUUUGGAUAUUUUCUCCACCAAUGUAUUUCAUAACCCCCCUAUAAUUUCAUCAUCAACAGUAACUGUAACCAAAAUUUUUUGUCAAUUUGGUGAAGAGUAUCUCUUUAACUUUAACUCAGCUGGAUCUCGAGCAUAGUCCAUUACUUGAUCUGCAGAGGAGGCUGUUCCAGCUACAUAGGGACAUGCAAAACUUGUCGUCUUCUGGCAGAGGCUUCAAGAAAGCAACGUGGAGGCAUUGAAGUAGGAAAAGUUGAGGAGAAAACAUUGCACCCAAAAAAAAGUGGAUUACCUUCAGACAAGCCUAGGUUCUGGAGAUGCACACACACCCCACCCCCAAAAAUAGGUCCUUGUUCUCAAGGAACUUUGUCCUGGAGUAUACACUUAAUUUGAGGGGGGAGGGCAUGAACAAUAGGGAAGAACAGGGAAGCCUUCACAGAGGAGUUGGUCUGAGAAGGGAAAUGAAGAAGAACCUAUUCUAGGUAUGAUGUUUUUGCAAAAUACGCAGAUUGUAGAUGGAAUGUGGAGUUCAGGUAAUAGCUAAUAAUCCAGUUUGGCUAGAAAGAGAGGAAGUAACUAGAAAUGUGGGUCUGGAACCAGAUUUUUGGAGUCCCAAAAAUGUUGGCCUAAGGAGUGUGCAUUUUGAAAAUAAAACAUACUUACUUUGUGUUAGCAUUCCCACCUUUAAUUAAUAAGCUGAGAUUUAUAUGGUACUUACUUUACAUUAUCACUUAAUAUAUGGUGACUGGCUUUGAUUAUUUGUUUUUUUGUUUUGGGGUUUUUUUUAAUAAAAUAAGGGGCAUAGCAUUCUGCCACCCUUAUAAAUGGAAGGAAAUCUUUAUAAUUAAAGUUUCUAUAUCAAACCCUUUUUAAAAAAUGUAUGGCAAAAAGAUAGGCCUUAUAACCUUGUUCACUCAACUUUAAGUGCUGAUCUUAAUAUUAGUUUCUUGAGAUGAUUUCUGGUCUGAAAAUGGCUCAGAUUUACCUGUUCUGUACAAUAAUCAUGUUUUUUAUUCAAAAUUUGACUAACUGAACCAACUUUGUCAUUUCCCCAUUAUUGGUGACCAGUGGUGUUUUAUGGGGAAGCUCUGGAUAAGGAAGUGUGGAAAAGGGGGGUGUAUGUGAUUCAAUCAAUUGUG